AUGCGCCUUUAUGGCGACGUCUUCAAUGUGGUAAUGGACGAGUUUCCAGAGUUUGCUAACCAUGCCGAAUAUAUGAAGACAGUCGGUUUUGAUGCAUUGGACGCUGUUUCUUCCUAUAUCAUCGGGCUCGGUGGGUGCAUGCGUAGCGACGACAUCAGCCGCAUCAAAAGGAACCCCAGGAACUUCAUCCCAAUUCCUCUGACAGCGAGCGGUUCCGUCGAGGUCGACAAGCUGAAGGCGUCUCGAGGCUUCAAUGACCCACGAGGUUGCGGAAGUUUGCUUGUUCCCCUCACCCAGUACGCUACAUACUUGGCUGAUCCCGAGGAGUUCGCAACACGGGUCCGCCUCGCGCUGAUCAAACUGGCACCUGACGACUACCCUUGCGCCUUCUUUGACUUUGACAAGUUCCCGUCCGAUGGCUCCGGAGUCCCCUCCGGUCACGAGCUUCGAGAGGCGUUCCUUCGUGGCCCUCUGUUGUAUAAUUUCUACACCGCAUUUUAUAUCGGGACCAAUGAGGACCCCACGGAGUCUAAGCGGGGCCAGAAGUCUGUCGCUGCCAAGAGCGGCACCACGCACUCCACCAUUCACUCCAUUAUCUACGCUGCGACCCUACUGCGCUUCAUGCUCAGCGACCAGGUGUUCUGGUCGGAGACUGAUUGUGGUUUUUCCAAUCGCAAGUUCUCGGACUCCGUCCUCCUGAUCUCUGUGAAGUACCCUCAGUGGACUGAAAGGCUCCUCAAGUACUAUGACCAAGUCUUUGAGUCUGUUAGAGAGGAGCACGAGUUCGUCAUUGGCGGCCAGCCAGACUCCGCUUUCUCUCUGAUGUCCGCUUAG